GAAUUGCAACUUUCGUUAAAGAAGUUAGCAAAUUCUAUUUAUAGACAAUUUGGAAAUAGUCAGUCUAUUCUUAAAAAUUAUAUAAUAUCAGCAUUGGUUACUGCAUAUAGAAGAAAGUAUUUAGUUGAAGUAUUAGAAUUUGCAGAAUCUCGAAUAGCUAAAGAACUUAAUAUUUCAGAAUUUAUUUGGGAGUAUUCAGAUAUGGAUUCGAUAUUCAUAUCAAAAAAUCUACAAGAUAAAGAAAAUAUUUGGAUUAAACAUGUGUUUGAAACUUUAAUAGAAAAAUUUAUCAGAUACUUGUAUUAUAAGAAAGUAGAAUUAGAUAUGGAAUUAUUUGAAAUGACAGGAAGAAAUAAUACUGAAAAUGACGAUAAAGAAAUUUCAAUAAUUGAAAUAACACAAACUGAUACUUUCAAACCAAAUAAUUAG